GUGGCCCCGGAUGACGCAAACCGGGAACAGCGGCUGAGCCUGCGCUUCGGAGGCAUGGAUGUGCGCCUGCGCUGCACCAGGGCCCGGCGGGCGGUUUGAAUUUUGCUCACGGAGUCACGUCUCACCAUCCCGGGCUUCCAGCGGAGACUGCGGUAUCCGCGGCUGGAGACCCAGCGGCGAGUAGCCUUUUGCUCCCGGACGGACUCGAGGUUGAGGAUCCUGCCUUCGGAAGCGCCCGAGAGGCUUAAAGGAUGGCCUCCUCAGAUCUGGAACAAUUAUGCUCUCAUGUUAAUGAAAAGAUUGGCAAUAUUAAGAAAACCUUGUCAUUAAGAAACUGUGGCCAGGAACCUACCUUGAAAACUGUAUUAAAUAAAAUAGGAGAUGAGAUCAUUGUAAUAAAUGAACUUCUAAAUAAAUUGGAAUUGGAAAUUCAGUAUCAAGAACAAACCAACAAUUCACUCAAGGAACUCUGUGAAUCUCUUGAAGAAGAUUACAAAGACGUAGAACAUCUUAAAGAAAACAUUCCUUCCCAUUUGCCUCAAGUAACAGUAACCCAGAGCUGUGUUAAGGGAUCAGAUCUUGAUCCUGAAGAACCAAUCAAAGUUGAGGAACCUGAACCCGUAAAGAAGCCUCCCAAAGAACAAAGAAGUAUUAAGGAAAUGCCAUUUAUAACUUGUGAUGAGUUCAAUGGUGUUCCUUCGUACAUGAAAUCCCGCUUAACCUAUGAUCAAAUUAAUGAUGUUAUUAAAGAAAUCAACAAGGCAGUAAUUAGUAAAUAUAAAAUCCUACAUCAGCCAAAAAAGUCUAUGAAUUCUGUGACCAGAAAUCUCUAUCACAGAUUUAUUGAUGAAGAAACGAAGGAUACCAAAGGUCGUUAUUUUAUAGUGGAAGCUGACAUAAAGGAGUUCACAACUUUGAAAGCUGACAAGAAGUUUCACGUGUUACUGAAUAUUUUACGACACUGCCGGAGGCUAUCAGAGGUCCGAGGGGGAGGACUUACUCGUUAUGUUAUAACCUGAGUCCCUUGUGAACUUUUGAACAUACCAACAGGGUAUAGAGUAUAGAGGCUAUUUCUAUAAUUUUCUUAUAUAUAAUUUUUUUAACUUUCAAUCUUUUUUGUUUCCUUUUUUUUUUUUUUGAGACAGGAUCUUGCUUUGUCACCCAGGGUCUUGCUUUGUCACGCAGGCUAGAGUGCAGUGGUGCAAACAUGGCUCACUGCAGCCUCAACCUCCCAGGCUCAAGUGAUCCUCCCACCUCAGCCCCCUGAAUAGCUGGGACUACAAGCAUGCGCCACCAUGCCUGGCUAAUUUUUGUAUUUUUUGGAGAGAUGGGGUUUCACCAUGUUGCUUAGGCUGGUCUUGAGCUCCUGAGCUCAUACAAUCCACCCUCCUCAGCCUCCCAAAGUGCUGGGAUUACAGGCUUGAGCCACCACACCUGACCUAUUCUUGUUUCUUCUAAAAAUAAAACUCUUUUUGGAUAAAGCUUAUAUAUUUUCUUUUUUUUUUUUUUUUGAGACAGAGUCUUGCUCUUUUGCCCAGGCCAGACUGUAGUGGCGCUAUCUCAGCUCACUGCAAACUCCACCUCCCGGGUUCACGCCAUCCUCCUGCCUCAGCCUCCCGAGUAGCUGGGACUACAGGCACCCGCCACCAGGCCUGGCUAAUUUUUUGUAUUUUUAGUAGAGAAGGGGUUUCACCGUGUUAGCCAGGGUGGUCUCGAUCUCCUGACCUCAUGAUCCACCCGCCUCAGCCUCCCAAAGUGCUGGGAUUACAGGCGUGAGCCACCGCGCCCGGCUAAGCUUAUAUAUUUUCAAGAUUCACCUCCUCUCACCAAAUAUUUAACUACCUGCUGAAUACGCCUCUGUUCUAGGCACAUAAUGGAACUAAAAAAUGCUCCUGUCCAGUUUUUGUGUUGAGUGGACAAUGCUGCAGACCCUAAUAAGAUUGGGUACAGAUCGGUGUGCGCCUGUAGUCCCAGCUACUCAGGAGAAUUGCUUGAACCCAGGAGAUGGAGGUUGCAGUGAACGGAGAUCACACCACUGCACUCCAGUCUGGGCAACAGAGCGAGACUCCAUCUCAGAAAAAAAGAAAAAAAGAUUGGGUACAGAUGUGAUAUUGGAAGAAAAAGAUCAAGAUGAUGAGGUUAGGAUACCCAGGCCCUUUGGACUUAAAGAUCACUAGUGUCUAAAUUCCAUCGAUGGCAUUUCAGUCUAUAGGUAAACUUCCUGGAAGCUGGAUUUGGAGACAGUUUAUCAUCUGAUUAUUGGGCUUUCCUGUAGGUACUCAGGGAGCAGCUUACCUGAAAUGCAUUUAGUGUACACCAGUCUGUAAACUUCAACCUGUAAUGAAAGUGUAAUAAAUGUACAUUGAGUUGAUGUGAUAAUGUGAUAUAAUAAGAAAUACAUAUUUGAUCUUCCUAUCCAGUUCCUUGUUCAGAGCUCCUAAAACCCUUGUAAUUUCCAAAGUGAUGGAGUACAUCUUUUGUUCUAUAUUUGGUCUUUGACCCCAGUUCCUGACACAAAGCUCCUAAAUUCCUUUGAAUUUCCUAGUGAUAGGAGAAUUUUUUGUUCCAGUGAGGUAACUCUUGAUGGGCACCUGGAUAACUCAGGAUGGGGGCUGCUCACAAAGACCACAUCAUGAUUGGAAGUUUCAAACUUUCAGUCUCCCACCUCCAGAGAGGGGAGAGGGGCUGGAGAUUGAGUGAAUAAUCCAUCAGGCCUAUGUCAACAAGACAUAAUCCCUUAACUGUGGAGUUCAGGGAGCUUCAGGAUUGGCAAACAUUUUGAUGUGCCAGGAAGGUGACACACACCAGCUUUAUGAAGUCAGCAAGUCCUGUGCUCAGGACGCUUCUGGACCUUGCCCCAGGUACCCCUUCAUCUGGCUGUUGUUCAUCUGUAUCCUUUGUAGUAGCCUUAAAAUAAACUGGUAAACACAAGUAAAGCAUUUCCCUGAGUUCUGUAUUGCCAUAUCAAAUUAUCAAACCUGAGGAAGGGGUUGUGGGAACCCCCAUGUGUAGCAAUGUUGGACAGAAAGAAGUAUGGGCAACCUGAGGACCUGCUAGUUGUGAUUGGUGUUUGAAGUUGGGGACAGUUUUAUGGAACUGAGCCCUUAAUCUGUGGGGUCUGCAUCAACUCUAGGUAUUUAGUGUCAGAAUUGAAUUAAAUAUGGGAUACUCUGUUGGUGUCUAGAGAGUUGGAAAAUUGGUUGGGAUGGGGAAAAAAACCCCACACAUUUGGUGUCGGAAAUAUUAUGUGAAUGUAGUAUAGAAGAAAACAGGCUUUUCCCUUUUUGAUGAAAAAGAUGAUAAAAUAAUGUGUGGGUAGGUUGAUAAUAGUCAAGAUAAAUGGGUAAUGGGAUUGUAAGAACUUAGCCAUGCUUCUCUCACGCACCUGGGGAGACUGGUCUAUCUAUGUCUGUGCCAUCUGCUUGGCAGGCUUGUCCCUGUAGCAGAGAAAAAAUGUGUCUCAACAAGCCUGUGGCCUGGUUAACACCAUCACUGUGAUGAACACACAGACACUGCAUAUUUACUGUUAUCCUUUUGUUUUCCUUAAUUUAAAUACAGGCAUGUUUAAUUUUUCAUGCCUCAACUUAAGUGAAAAUAAUGGCAUUAUUCUUUAAGUCUUGUUUGAUUUUUGAUAUGGUUUGGCUGUGCCCCUACCCAAAUCUCACCUUGAAUUGUAAUAAUCCCUAAGUGUCAAGGGCAGAGCCAGGUGGAGAUAAUUGAAUCACGGGGGUGGUUUUCCCCAUGCUGUUGUCAUGGUGUAGUUAAUGAGCCUCACCAGAUCUGAUGGUUUUAUAAAUGGGAGUUCCCCUGCACAAGCUCUCUUGCCUGCUGCCAUGUAAGACAUAACUGGGCUCCUCAUUCACCUUCCGCCAUGAUUGUGAGGUCUCCCCAGCCAUGAGGAACUGUGAGUCCAUUAAACCUCUUUCUUUUAUAAAUUACCUAUUCUUGGGUAUGUCUUUAUUAGCAGUGUGAGAACAGACUAAUACAAUUUUUCUUUUUCUCUUCUCUUCUUCUCUUCCUUCUCCUCCUCCUUCUCCUCCUCCUCAUUCUUCUCCUCCUUUUCCUCCUUCUUUUUCUUCUCCUCCUCCCCCUUCUCCUUUUCCUUCUCCCUCUCCUCUUCCUCCUUCUUCCCCUUCUCCUCCUCCUCCUCCUCCUCCAUCUUCUCCUUCAUC